AAAUAAUUGAGGACUUGGAAAGAGCAUCUCAAAAUUGAGCUUCAAAUAUUAGAGAGAAACAAAAUAUCAAAAAAUCAAGUACUAUGGCAAACAAGUACCAUGUUCGUUCAAUUAGUUUGCCUACUAGAUCUCAUCCUAGCACCAUUAGAGUUGAUGAAGAGUUGAACAAGCUCAAGACUUGGGAAGGAACAUCCACAUCUACUUCCAUUCAUACUAGUCUUUCAUUGCUUGAAGAUUUGUAUAUUUCAUUGGAUGAUCUUCUAAACUUGAGAUCAACCCAACAAGUGAUUUCUCAUCAUAGAGGUGAAAAAUGUGUGGAAGAGGUGUUGGAUGGUUCAAUGAAAAUUUUGGACAUUUGUGGCAUCACUAGAGACACCAUGUUGGAAAUUAAGGAAAAUGUUCAAGCCCUUCAUUCUUCUCUAAGAAGAAGAAAAAAUGAUUCAAGUGUUGAAAGAAGUGUAGCUCAAUAUAAAUUCUUCACAAAAAAGAUGAAGAAAAAUGCUAACAAAUUGAUCACAUCUUUAAAGCAUAUGGAAAGCAAAUUUGGGGUGUCUUCAAUUUUGGAACUUGAUCAUCAUUUUUUGUGUGUGAUUAGAGUUCUUAGAGAAGCCAUUGCAAUGAAUUUAUCUAUUUUUCAAUUCAUUUUGUCAUUCUUGACUAUGUCGUCAUCAAAGUCAAAGUCAACAAAAUGGUUGUUGGUGGCAAAAGUGAUGCACAAGGGAGUUAUAACAUGUGAAGAUAAUUCAGAAAAUGCCAAUGAGUUACAAUGUGUGAAAGUUGCUUUAAGGACCCUUUUAAGUGAAGUCACUAAUGGAGAAAAGUUAAAGGUAGCACAUGAAAGAUUGGAGGCUUUGGAGAAUGCCAUUGAAAGUGUUGAGAUUGGUUUGGAGAGUUUAUUUAGGCGCUUGAUUAAAACUAGAACCUCCCUGUUGAACAUAAUAUCUCAAUAGAUUUCUUUUUCAAUGUGCAAGGCAUCCAAAAGUUUCAGUAGGAAUCUUAUGAGGAGUGAAUAUUUUUACCUCAAUGAUUUUUAAUGUACAAAUUUCAGUAGUAAUACAAUGAAAUGUCAAAAUACUAUUAGCUUACACAUCAUUCA